CCAUGAUUGGUUUCCUCAUGAACUUCAUUGUUCUUAUUGUCCAUCGUUGUAUUACUCCAGGUUGUAUGGAGGUGCUACAGCAACGUAUUAAUAUAUAAUGUUUGUUAUUCUCAAAACAUCCCCCGACACCCGCUUCCUGCACAAUCAACAUGGCUUAUCGAGCUACAGACGAUUUACAAGGCUACCUUAAGGAUGCUGUUCUACCCCGACUAAAGCUCAUACACAAACCAGAGCCACUGAUUCGCCACGGAUACAAGAGCCGCAGAACCACACUUACUAUCCGCCCUCGACAUCGAAAUCUUGCUAACAUAGUUUACCUGGAUUCUGGGUUUGAUGGUCAUGUUAAUGAUUGGAUCGAAGAACAUGUGCCAAGUCACUCCCUCUGUCUGUCCGACGAGGACCGACAAACAGGCGAGAUGUUUACAGUGCGCUCCUCGCAGAGAUUCAAUAUUCCAGAAUUGCUACUUCCCGUAGCAUCCGAUAUCAAUCGGUAUUAUGCGAUUGGCUGGACAAUUCUCCCCCUUCAAACAGUUCAACGGGUUUUUCAUAUCAUGUUUCCUGCGACGAAAGAUUGGGGAUUUGUGGCGCUUGAUGAUCAUGGCUGCGAUGACGACAUUUUCAAGAAAUUCUACUGGACAGAUGUCAAUCAAGAUCACCCUGAUAUAUACGAUGCAUCUGUAGUUGUCGCCUGCCAACCUCCUUGGAUAAUGUCUGAUGAAAUCAUGUGGCAAUUCACUCAGCUAAAUUCGCUUCCUGAAGGUACUACGCAUCCGUUGCGCGGAAAGGAGCGCCUUUGGGGCAAGUUAUGGGACACUUGCGUUCACAAACAAACUCCUUUCUUCGUUCUGACUUCAUAUCGGCAGUGGGUCUUUGGUAUGUUUUCACGCGGUUGGACAACUGCGUUCGUUUCUCCCGUUAUGGAUGCCCAAUCGCGUUCUCCUACCGUCAUGCAUGCGUUGCUAUAUUGGCUUGGCUCAGCUCUCCGCGCCCCCGGUGGUUUUGUACAACCAGUGGAGGUCGCGGAACCUGUUCACAAUAUCCUCUCAGACCAUGGUUCUGAGCUAUUCGCCGAAUCGGAAAAAGAGCUCGAAAUCGUUCCUUCCAUAUCGAGCUGGAGCGGCAAGAGUGAUGAAAUGGCGUCUUCAGCUGGAGCUGCGGGCGCGGCACCACUUGAUGUUUCGGAUAGGGGAGUGGAUGAGCCACACAGUCCAGAUGUUUUCUUUAGAAAGUCGAAGGAUCCGGCCCUGACAUGGGAAAUGAUAGAGUCAUGGAGGAAACAAUUACCCAGCAAGGGUGCCGACGGCGAGAGUUUCCCAUCUCCAGCUCCUGUAUCGUCUGUUGCACUACUCCCUGAUUUUUUUGACGACUCUGCGACAUCAGACACCUCAGAUGAAACUGUUGGAGUGCCUCGUGGACACUGGUUAAUGAGUGCUUCCCGCAGAUAGUGGCUCAUGACGCGGUUCUGGAAGAACUUUACUAGUACUACAGUUAUUUAAAUAGCCAGUGAACUAUUAUA